CGGCAAGGGUGGCAGAGCCUCUACGUCCGCGAGAAAGCGUCGAGGUGCAUCUACAGCCGGGGGCAGCAGCAUCGCAGGUAAAAGCCAAGUUAGCAGCAAGACCGUAGCAGCCGCAGGUGCUGCAGCUACGAAUGCCAGGGUCGUGCAUGGUGGAGGUACAACAGAAAUGCCACCAUUCCGGUUCAUUUUGUGGGGUAAGAACGACAAGGGCUCUUACUUCAAAAACUACGAAUGGAGGCAUUCAGAGUUCGUCACGAAGGUCGGAGUCUGGGGCAAAUUUCCGAAGCCAAAAGCUAUCAAUGGAGUGGCCUACGAUCUCGAUGAUCCAACUGGCGGCUCCAUUGUCAUGGCUGGCGACAAUGGAUACUUCUACACGGUGAAAGGAGCCACUGUGGUCGGUGCCUAUCGCAUCGCUGACUAUUUAGGUACUAGCACAUGUUGCUAAUGAUCACGCUAUCGCUAUCAUAGACUUUUGAUAUUUACUUUUUGUCUGCCUCGUUCUAGAACUCUCAGGCAUCAAGCCUGAGGAGACUAGAAGUAGACUGAUUGCAUUAAUUAUGACUGCCUUCAGGUUCAGUCGAGUACUACCGCAGCGAUAGUUUUCUCGUUGGUGGUCCCACUGGUCGGGUUUUUGUCAUUCGUUGCCCGCAGGGACUGAAGGCUGCCGUGCUCGAGGAUGUUCAGCUACCAAAAAUUAACGGAGACGGCAACGCACUGAGCCGUGCACGUAUUUGCCAAACUCGCAUAGGCGCCCGCAGUGCGCAUUCUAGUGACCCGGGCGAAGUCGUUGUCUACGGUUGCACGCAAAACCACGGACUUUUUCGCUACUUCCAUGCAAACGCGGAACGAAGUCGAGGUCGACACAUCGCCAUGCUUACCAUGGCCCAUUCAGUCGAAACUAGGAGCAUUGCAGUGCACCCCAGCAUGCCAGGAGUUUUCGUGACUGGUGGCACCGAUAAGGUGAUCCAAUUUUGGAGUGCAACGGAGCGCAAAGCUCUUGCCAGUAAACGUUUGCGCAUGGAUCGCGGUGUGAAUUCCAUCGCUUUUGACGGAUCGGGUGAGUUCAUGGCCGUAGGCAUGUCGGAUGGGAUGGUCGCAGUCUACAAAUUCCCCGACUCGCUGUUUCAAAGAAUUAUAUGCGACAGGAAAUGCGAGAAAGGAGGGAAAGAGUAUGGUACUGCAAAACAAAUCAGUGUCCUCGAGGCUACUUUGCAGCGUAUGUUCUAGAAGAUGAAUCUCUUUGCAUACGCUUAUUUCUUCUUGUUCUCUUCAACUUCAUUCAGUACGACUCUUCUUUUUUCUUCAACAGCGUACGUCUAAUGAUUCUGCUUAGUGCUUAAGUACUUCAUUAUCAAUCUCAGGUCGCAUGGUCGAUGUAAAGUUUUCUGCUCGCUUGAAGCCGCACGCGGAACAAGGUACCGCUCCCAGGAAAGAUGCUAUGGGUUCGAUGUAUCUCGCUUGCGCCUGCAGUGAUAACCAAGUCUACAUGCUUCGCGUAAGUGAGGUGCUUGCUGGGGAGGAUAUCAAGAGUGGCACCAAGAUACACAGUCCGCAUGUCGGCAUGCAUAAAGUGCUCACAGGGCACUCAGCGAUUCCUUACUGCCAGAUGUUCUCUGCGGACGCGCACUACUUGGUGACAAAUUUAAGGCGGUAUAAUUUCAGGUACUUGCAGGCUCUCAUAGUCAAUAAGCAGUGCGCAGACUGCUCCGACUAGGUAGAUCAUGACUCCAACAUGAGUUGUGAUGUCAAGAGAAAAAGUAAGAUUGGUAGGAGGGUCGGUGAGGUUGCUGAAUAAGUAAGGUUGGUAGGAUUAGGUUUCUGAGGUUGGUAGGCUCGUUAGGCUGAAAGACAACUCACAACCACUCUAAUAAAAGCGCGUGACGGACAAAUCCGUAUCUUCAAGUGUGCUGACGGCCGUAUGCAGAAAUCUCUGAUGGCUUUCCGCGACCUUCCGAUGCAGCUCCCCUGGACGAACCUUCUCGGAUGGUCAACACUUGGGAUUUGGGACAUUUAUGUCUUCAAGACUGCUCUAGUACAACAUACAAAAAGAUCCAGCUUUCGUAGCGUUUUUUACUGCUCAUGUAAGAUACAUAGCACGACUGUGUCUUCAAUACAUAGGCAUAGAAGCAGGUAGAUUUGCGGAUCCAUGGAGGUACCACACUAAAAUUCGGAGUACGAUUUGUCAAUGCUUGACACGUGCUGCAGCUACCACGAGGAGCAGCUCGCGUGCGGAGACGAGCAUGGUGCAGUCCGCUUGUUUCAGUUUCCAGCUUGCUAUUUGAAUCAACCUUACAAAGAGUACUUCGGACAUGCAAGUCCGUUGUGCUCAGUCCGAUUUUUCCAAGAUAUGCCUGUCCUCAUUUCCGCAGGAUUCACAGAUCGGAUGGUAGUCCAGUGGAGACUGGCUGAGCCCAUAGCAGAGGUUUACGGAUUCCAGAAAAUCAAGUACUGAACUUCUAGCACCUCUAAAUGCAAGUACUACUUACUACUUCUUCGUUGACGCCACAUCAAGAUCUAUGUGUGCCUUUUAGUUACAAUCUUCAUCUUCUCCAUGAUCCACAAAUCAGGUAUCCAUGGACCGUGUUCACUCACGGCUACGGCGAUGUCGUGGACAAUACUUUAGGGAGAUACGCUGCUGCGACAGAGCCAGGUCCUGCUUUCGGCAUGCAGAUACCUCCCGAGGGCGGACUCAAUGCUGUGCCGGGCCGUACUAUGGGUGACACGACAAGUGUCGUACCGUUUGAAGGCGAUUCCAAGCUGUUUGCACCUGCUGAUAGAGGUGCGCCGGGCUACUUUUACAACGACGCGGAAGCUGAUGAAGGGCGUGGCCCAAGAUCUAGAGGCGAGGUAAGCCCACGUCGACGCUUGGCUUCGUCGCACAAGAGACAAGAGCAAAGUAGCGGAGUAGGCUUUGACAAAUUCGGAGCAGCCAAGCAGGAAAUUGACGAGUUGAUGAUGUCACCAGAAAAACCGCGUCUGUCAACAGCAGCCGCGUCUGGACCCUCUCGCGGCGCUCCAGGCCUUAGCUUUUACCGCGACCCGCCUGGGAUGACCAACGCAGAGAUAAAGGGCACCACCAUGAUUCGUGGCGAGCGCGAACAAGAUGCAACUAUGAAGACAACAGGGACCAACAUGCUAACCUCAGCGAUGCGGAAUUCAACAACUGAGCAACAUCACAGUAAAGAUCCGUUUAGCUGGCGCGAGGCGCAGCCGCCACCUACGCGAGGAGAAAUGAUGAUGGCGAUGGAGGUCGACGAUGAUUUGCAGACACCGCAGAGGCCACCAAGAAAAGUCGCUUUUCAAAGUCCUUUGCGUAGUCAACAAGGCGACGACGGAGAUCGCAGGAGGAAUUCUCAACAUGGAAAAGCCCAUCGAGGAGACCGGAGAACUACUGGAAGGUCCGGAGCAGAGAGUAAUUCUAGAUCAAGACAGCAAGAAGCAGAGAUGACCAGCGGUCAUUCAAAAGAUAACAACGCAGCUGCGAGACAUUCCUCAUCAUCUUCAGCUGCGCGCUUUUACGAAGAUCCUAUCAUGCCAGCGGAGCAGGCAGGUGGCAGCAGUGGCAGCAAAAGCCGAGCUAGCAACAUGCAAGCGGGGCCUCCACAUCUUCAGGGACGAAAUCCUAUUACCGGAGAACUUGUUCGUGACCCCCUUCCAGGACAUCCCCAACGCCUUAUUGGGCCAAAAGAAAGCAAGGGAGCAGGGGGCAUACGACAACCACCAGCAGGAGAACUUUCACAGCAUCCAAACGAUGUUUACGGUGGUCGGGAAUUCACCUUCACACGUGGCGGUGAUGCUCUACGAGGAGACACCGAUUAUUAUGGGCAAAACCCGAAGCGCGCAUCAAUGGAGCAGCCUCCAAGAGGUGGGGGCAACUUCUUUGAGGGUGUACCGAGUGGGCCAACACAUAUGGUAAACCAGGUCCUUCGCGGAGGACCUAGCCUCGGAGGUCGUCCUGGUUUUUCUUCUACCGCUGUCGAUCGAGGUGACUUUCAGUCCAUAGGAGUCGAAGAGCCGAGAGCAAGAGCGCGUGAUGGAGACGACCACCCACCUCGGCAGCUGUCUAUGUCUAUGACAAGAAGUGUCGACUUUGGGGGAACAACCACGCCAACUGCUGGCGCGAAGAAAAACUUACUCACUGCAGCAGCUCGACGAUGCCGCAACAUCGCUAACAAGCAACGUCGCUAAAAGGAGAAGGAGGAGCGGAAGACGAACAUGGACGAGAAGCAAAUCCAAAUGAGGACUUCGACUUGGUUGUUGGUUUUAUUUUUUACCUUUGAAUCAUGAUCAUCACGAGAUUUAAGAUUUUGCACGAAGAAACUACAUGUACAUCUCCAAUAUGCAUGCUCGAACGCAAGUAGGAUCAUUAGAACUCAACGGAACACAUCACCAUGUUUCGUCAACGGCAAAUUUCAGGUAUUCAAAAAGUUCCGAUUCCGUAGCAGACGAUAACGACAGCAACUUGGAUCCUUUGUUGUCUCUGUUCUUGAUGGCAUAAUUGGUGAUCAGGG